AUGGAUGUAAAAGUUUUGCCUGUGAAGUGUAAACAACGAAGUCACGAAAAUCACGCAGCGAAGAGUGCGACAAGGAUCAACAAAUUCAUUGCAACGAUCUGUCUUGCACUGUCCAUGUCUACCACCCGUCCGUCGAGCCUCCCAUCGGCCAACCGCAUAAGCUUCCGUAAGAACAAUGUCGCUUGGCUUGGUCAGCUCGCACCAUCGGUUUCACUUUGGCAGCGACUGUGCCUUCGGUCACCGCCAAUGGACAACGCUGGACACAUCGUCCAUCGUAGCCAAAUCAACGGUCUGCGUUGGACACGUUUUUCUUGCAUCCAACUGAACGCCGGCUUUGUGUCAAUCAAGAACCUGUUUCGCUAG